CCAGGUCCUCGCCACUCUUGGCUGACCAAGACUGGCUUGGAAGGCUCUUCCCUCUCCCAGGAAAAUGGGAACUGAUGGUGAAAACCCGAUCCUGAGAAAUGUGGUCAUCAGCUUCAACUUGCUUCUGAUGGGUGCUGUCCUCAAGCCUUUUGAGUGCCGGCUGGAGAUGACAACAGAGCUGGCUGAGAGGACAGCGGUGGAUGAGGCAGGUGGCCUUGCCAACUGCAGCUCACCCAUCAAAGAGCAGCCCAUGGUCUUCCACCACAUCUACAACAUCAACAUCCCGCUGGACAGCUGCUGCUCAUCCAUGUUUAAGUCUUCAGCCGAGGAGGUGAGUUCAGAAGACGACCGGCUGGCAGAGUACACGGAGCAGACCUCCGACAGCGAGAGCCAGUUCACCUUCACCCACAGGAUAAACAUGCCCAAGCAGGCCUGCAAGUGCUCCACCUCCCUCCCAUCCCUGCAGGAGCUGCUGAGCAGGAUUGAGAUGCUGGAGAGGGAGGUCUCCAUCCUCCGGGAACAAUGCACCUCCAAUUGCUGCCAAGAAAAUGCAGCCACAGGGCAGCUGGAUUACAUCCCGCAGUGCAGCGGUCACGGGAAUUUCAGCCUGGAGUCGUGCAGCUGCGUGUGCAUGGAGGGCUGGGCAGGUAGCAACUGCUCCGAGCCCCGCUGCCCCCGAGGCUGCUCCAGCCGCGGAGUGUGCCUGGAGGGCCAAUGCAUCUGCGACAACGACUACGGGGGCGAGGACUGCUCCCAGCUCCGCUGCCCCGCCGGCUGCGGCUCCCGCGGGCUCUGCGUGGACGGCGAGUGCGUGUGCGAAGAGGGUUUCACCGGAGAGGAUUGCUCCCAGCUGCGCUGCCCCCGCGACUGCUCGGGCCGGGGCCACUGCGUGAACGGCACCUGCGUGUGCCAGGAGGGCUUCGCCGGCGAGGACUGCGCCAGGCUGCACUGCCCCAGCGCCUGCAGCGGCCGCGGGCUCUGCCGGGACGGGCUCUGCGUCUGCGAGGAAGGCUAUGACGGGCAGGACUGCUCAGCAGUGUCUCCUCCUGAAAACCUGCGGGUGACAGGGAUCAGCGACAGCUCCAUCGAGCUGGCUUGGGACAGCCCCGGGGCAGCCACCGAGUACGUUGUCUCGUACCAGCCAGCAGUGCCAGGGGGCAUCCAGCUGCAGCAGAGGGUGCCUGGGGACUGGAGCAGUAUCACCAUCACGGAUCUGGAGCCAGGUGUUGCCUACAAUGUCAGCAUCUAUGCAGUCAUCAGUGACGUCUUCAGCAUCCCCAUUACCUCCAAGGUGAUGACUAACCUCGCCACACCGCAGGGGCUGAAGUUCAAGACCAUCACAGAAACAACGGCAGAGGUGCAGUGGGAGCCCUUCUCCUUCCCCUUUGACGGCUGGGAGAUCAGCUUCAUUCCCAAGAAUAAUGAGGGUGGUGUGAUCGCCCAGCUCCCCAGCACCGUCACCACCUUUAACCAGACGGGGCUGAAGCCAGGGGAAGAGUACACCGUCACCGUCGUAGCCCUGAAGGAACAAACCAGAAGCCCUCCCACCUCCAACAGCGUCUCAACCCUCAUUGAUGGCCCGACGCAGAUCCUAGUGCGGGAUGUCUCCGACACCGUGGCCUUCGUGGAGUGGACGCCACCGCGUGCCAAGGUGGACGCCAUCCUGCUGAAGUACGGGCUGGCAGACGGGGAGGGCGGGAGGACCACCUUCCGCCUGCAGCCCCCCCUCAGCCAGUACUCCCUGCAGGCCCUGCGCCCCGGCGCCCGCUACCACCUCACCGUCAGCGCCCUCCGGGGUGCCAAUGAGAGCCGGCCAGCCUUUGCCCAGUUCACCACAGAGAUCGAUGCCCCCAAGAAUCUGCGGGUGGGCUUGCGGACCCCCGCCAGCCUCGAGCUCGCUUGGGACAACAGUGAGGCUGAGGCACAUAGCUACAGGGUGGUCUACAGCACCCUGGCUGGGGAACACUACCACGAGGUCCUGGUGCCACGCCACACCGGUCCCACCACCCGGGCCACCCUCGCAGAUCUCGUGCCAGGAACAGAGUAUGGCAUUGGAAUUUCAGCCGUGAUGGACAGCCAGCAGAGUGUGCCAGCGACCAUGAAUGCCAGGACUGAGCUUGACAGCCCCCGGGACCUCCUGGUGACAGCUUCCACUGAGACGUCCAUCUCACUGGCUUGGACCAAAGCCACAGGUCCCAUCGACCACUACCGCAUCACCUUCACCCCUGCCUCAGGAAUGGCCUCUGAAGUGACAGUGUCUCAGGAUGAGUCACAGCUCACCCUCUCGGAGCUGGAGCCUGGCACAGAGUACACCAUCUCCAUUGUCGCUGAGAGGGGACGGCAGCAGAGCCUGGAGGCCACUGUGGAUGCCUUCACAGGUGUUCGACCCAUCUCACAGCUGCACUUCUCCCAGCUGACAUCCUCCAGUGUGAAUGUCACAUGGAGUGACCCAUCCCCACCAGCAGACCACCUCAUCCUCACCUACAGCCCCAGGGAUGAGGAGGAGGCACAGCAGGUCACACUCGAUGGCACCUGCAGGCACACCAGCCUGACAGGCUUGCAGCCAUCCACCGAGUACCUGGUGUCACUGGUGGCCAUGCAUGGCACCAUCAGCUCUGAGCCUGUUGUGGGCUCCAUCACAACAGGGAUUGAUGCACCAAAGGACCUCAGGGUGGGCAAUGUCACCCAGGAGUCCAUGAUGGUCUACUGGAGUGCUCCCAUCGCUGCCUUCGACCACUAUAGGAUAUCCUACCGUGCCGCCGAAGGGAGGACAGACAGCAUGGCCAUCCCCAGGGAUGCCACCGAGUACACCCUCCAGGACCUGCAGCCUGCCACCAAGUAUGAGAUCGAGGUGAAGAGCGUGCGGGGCCGGGAGGAGAGUGAGCUGGUCUCCAUCACUGCAUACACAGCCAUGGAUGUCCCCCUGGGGGUCACGGCCACCAACAUCACUCCCACUGAGGUGCUGCUGCAGUGGAACCCGCCACUGAUGGAGGUGGAAAGCUAUGUCCUCAUCCUUACGUGUCUUGCAGGAGAAACCAUUCUCGUGGAUGGAGACAACCAGGAAUACCAGCUGACCAACCUGCUGCCCAGUACCACCUACACAGUUUCUAUGUAUGCCACCAAUGGGCCUCUCACCAGCCAGACCAUCAGCACCAACUUCACUACUCUUUUGGAUCCUCCAACAAAUCUGACAGCCAGUGAAGUCACACGACGGAGCGCCCUGCUCUCCUGGGUUCCUCCUAUGGGAGAGAUCGAGAAUUAUGUCAUGACCUACAGAUCCACCGAUGGCAGCCGGAAGGAGCUGAUUGUGGAUGCUGAGGACACAUGGAUCCGUCUAGAGGGGCUUUCUGAGACCACAGAGUACACAGUGCACCUGCAAGCUGCCCAAAAUGCCAUGCGGAGUGGCCUCAUCUCAACCACCUUCACCACAGGAGGACGUGUCUUUGCUAACCCUCAGGACUGCGCCCAGCACCUGAUGAACGGAGACACGCUGAGCGGGGUCUACACAAUCUCCAUCAACGGGGAGCUCAGCCAGAGGGUGCCAGUGUACUGCGACAUGACCACCGACGGAGGCGGCUGGAUUGUCUUCCAGCGGCGGCAGAAUGGGCUGACUGAUUUUUUCCGGAAAUGGGCAGAUUACCGGGUUGGCUUUGGAAACUUGGAAGAUGAGUUUUGGCUGGGCUUGGACAACAUCCACAGGAUCACGUCCCAAGGGCGCUAUGAGCUGCGAAUAGACAUGAGGGAUGGUCAGGAAGCAGCAUAUGCCUACUAUGACAAGUUCUCCAUUGGAGACUCCCGGAGCCUCUACAAACUGCGAAUUGGAGACUACAAUGGCACUUCAGGAGACUCCCUCACCUAUCACCAGGGACGCCCUUUCUCCACCAAGGACAGGGACAAUGAUGUGGCUGUGACCAACUGUGCCAUGUCCUACAAAGGGGCAUGGUGGUAUAAGAACUGCCACCGCACAAACCUCAACGGCAAGUACGGAGAAUCCCGGCACAGUCAGGGGAUUAACUGGUACCAUUGGAAAGGUCACGAGUUCUCCAUCCCCUUUGUGGAAAUGAAGAUGCGACCUUACAACCACCGUAACAUCUCUGGGAGGAAGCGACGGUCCCUACAGCUCUGAGCCAGCUGAACCCCUCUUGCCUCCCACUACCUUUUCUGUCAUUUGUUUGUAUUUUAAAUAUGAAAGGGAAAAAAAUUACUACUUGUCUGAGAUAGCAACCUGCCCCUCACAAAUGCUGGAGGGAACCAUGGCACAAGGAAAGGCCAUGGGAAAGGAAAGACCUCAUUGCUUUGCAUCUGUCCCAGAGAAAUACCAAAUUUCCAGUCUCCCUAUCCCAAUACUCUGGCCCUUAACAUGAGAAGAAAGAGAAAGAAACAGAUUUUUUGAUAUUUUUUUAAAAGAAACAGAAAUCUCCAGCAAACCCUGUUAGAAAUGUUUGUCACGGGGCUUGUGGCAGGUACCUU